AUGGCAUCCAAGAACCUUCUAAAGCCUUCAGGUUUGAGUGCGUUUCGUCGGUUCCUCCGAGAAGAAACACCAACGCUUCGAAAAUCUCCAGUACUCGUCAUCGCGAGUGAGUCUGCGGAUCACGGGGUGAAAACUCUAAAGGCGGUUGAAGAUGCAUGCCGAGCUGUGAAUUAUGUACUCACUCAAGAAAUGGGGCUCAGAAUCGUGCAGUCUUCGAUAUCUUCGGCAUUUCCUACGAUACAUGAUUUGGAGCAGAGAUUAGAGCUGAUUCGACGGACCGGGGCCUCAAGUGUCGUUGCAGUGGGUUCAGGCGCUGCCAUUGAUUUGUCAAAAGUUCUUCCACAUCAAAAAGAAAUCGAGCAUCUAAUGCUGGUCCCGUCUACAUCUGCUGCAAUGCUGGCGGCAAGCUCUUCACAUUCUCUGUUUCUUGAUAGUGUUGAUGAGGCCUUGGUUCCCUUUCCGUCUGCUUUGGGCACGCCACAAACCAACACAAAUAUCAUUUCUUUGGAACCAUCGUACUUAGCAUCGGCAGAACUAUCUCACGUCCUAUUUGCAACUCUGGCAAUAGUACUGGAUGCAUGCUACCGAAAAAGUUCUCAUCCGAUAUUGUUGGAAGCGGUACGGAAUCUUGUCGAAGUGCUCGGAAAUCCGGAUAAGGACCGUGAUCAUGCCACAGCACAAGAAUUAUUGUAUCAAUCCGGAAUGCUACUAUCGUACGGUCUUGGUCAAGAUGAUCGAUCCAUACCAAUCGCUCUGUCCUCGUCAUUGAUUCCUACUAUUUUCCCUCAUAUCCAUGUCCUGUCAUUCUUUGCCAGCUUGUUGCCUGGAAUUUGUGAGCUUGUCGACGAACAAGAUCACGAUGACGAAGCCGUCGUGAAGUUAGUGCAGAUGGUGAAGUCAAUAUCGCCAGAAUCAAUUCCUCAACUGGCAGUGAACGAUGCGAACCUAGAUGGAUUCUCUGUUCCUGAUAUGUCGCUAUCUCACAUUCAAAGCAAUCAAGCCCUAUGGAAAUCCUUUGAUGUUCCAAAUAAAGUCUUGCUGCAAAUACUGGAGCGAAGUGUCCAAAAAUAA